CCUCCCCCUCCGGCGAUGUCACUGCAGUUGAUGAGAUAAGCGCAGUCACGUGGCGGCUGACCAAACCAACGAGAGCCGCAUUGAAGCUCUCUCUACUCUACUCCGUAUAUAAAACUUCGACGAAAGAUGAAAUGUGCUCCGUACUCAAGACAUUAAAUUAAACUAUUCUCAUAGCCAUUCUACUGCAUCGUGGAGCUACAUUGGUUUCUUUUUUGUUCCAUUUCUUUGUUCAAUUCUCCCAGCCUGCUACGCUUUCUCUUGCUCGCUCCCUUCUUCCAUGAGUAUAGUAUGGGGAAACGGCAUUCGGGCGGCUGUACUACUACUAGUUAUACACCUCAAGCCGUCCACAAUAAACAGUCGAUUCCAGGCUGCGGCUUCUUCUAGGACUCUGAUGCGUGUGUCUCCUUCUGCAGAAAUGCGGCUGUAAUGCGCACCUUUUUUGUCUCUGUUCUGUUUGUCUUAUUUUUCCCCUUUUUUGUUGUUUCUUUGGAGCCAUUUUCUCUCCAUUCUCACUCUAUACCUUAUCCUCCCUCAGCCUACUAUUCCUGUUCAUUCGUUUAUAUCCUACUAUUAUCUUGUCGUCUGAGGGGUAUUAGCCUUCUCUAUACCUUUUACCUAGAAGCAUACCUAUAUAUUUUCCCUAUUGCUGCCAUUCAUUCCUUUACCCGUGAGCCACGGGCUCAGUAUCUCCUUAGUAGCCUAGCCCUGCCCGUCUGCAUAGCAACGCGACCAUACCCGCUCACUUGGAUAUCUCAAUACCACUUUAUUAUGGUCAGCUAGUGUUUAUCAACUUAAUCCAUUGCGCUGGUUGGCGCAUCAAGGUACAAAGGGGGCAGCUCUUGUGUUGAACCUUUUCACAGCAGCUGUUUGACUGGAGGUGUUUGCUUCUAACCACCCAAUGUGAAUCUCAGGAUUUUCACUGCGAAACAGAAUAUCUCCUCACUUGACUUUACUCCACGGCCUCACUUCGCUCAUUAAACCCUGGUAUUAGCCUUGAGAGUGUCAAUUGUCCCAUAGUUGACUUCUGAUACCUAUUCUAAAGAAACUUGAUUCCACCGCAGCCAUGGUUUUUUCUCAUUCGAAGGAGGUACAGCCUCAGAGGGUCUCUGCCAUUUUUAUCCAUGCCGGCGCGGGAUUCCACAGCUACCAGGCUGAAUCAACCCAUCUUUGGGUAUGCAAUCAGGCGGCAACACUCGGAAUGACUGUUUUGAGAGCUGGAGGACGCGCUGUGGACGCGGUCGAGGUCGCCAUCAAAUUCUUGGAGGAUCAUGAAAUUACAAAUGCAGGAUACGGCAGCAAUCUCUCUGCUCACGGCACGGUGGAAUGCGACGCGACCAUUGUGGACCACCUGGGUCGAAGCGGCGCCGUUGGCGCUGUGGAACAUAUUAAAAACCCGAUUUCACUUGCGCGUCUCGUUCUAGAUGUCUCAACGAAGCCACUGUCUUUGAACAGGGUGCCACCCAAUCUUCUAGUUGGCUCAGGGGCAACAGAUUUUGCAUAUGAAAACGGCAUGCCAAUCCUCCAUGCUGACUUCCUUGUUUCUGGUGGUUCGCGCGAACGUUGGCUGCGGUGGAAACGGGAUUUGGCACAAGUAGAAGCUGAGGAGGCCCAAGUGGAGGAGGCCCAAAAGGAUCCUCAAUAUCAGCACCCUGGACACACUGCUUCAACUAGAUCUCGUUUUUCCAGCCCUGGCCGCAAUAUUACCUCAAGGUCAUGGUGGCGUUCGUCAAACCCUACAAAUCCUCCGUCAAGUUCUAAUAAUGGAUCUGAUGGCGUGGCAUCCCCUGAUACCAGCAUUCGACCUCUUACACAUCUGCCCGAUGCAAGUGUCCGUGAGUCUGAGGAGGAUAUGAACGCGGAAUUCGUGGACAUCUGUCUCAACCGGACAGAGCACGUUACGGAAUCCCCAGGUGCAAUCGAUGGCUCCUUUCAAUCAGCCGAAAACCGAAAGCGGAAAAGGGCCAGAUUCCCCUUAGAGUUAGGAACUGCGGCAUCAACCUCUCUUGGAUAUGCAGGAAAUGCUAUACCGCCGGAAAUUUUUGGAGAUCAGGCCCAAAACGACUCAUUUGAGGAACCUCCUCGGAAAGGCUAUAUAAUAGGCUCGGAUGACAACAUUAUUGACACUGUCGGGGCCAUCGCUGUUGAUUGCCAUGGAAAUAUCGCAGCAGGCUCUUCUUCUGGCGGUAUUGGCAUGAAACACAGCGGACGUACUGGCCCAGCGGCUCUUGUUGGUGUUGGAACCGCUGUUAUUCCAGUGGAUCCCGAAGACGAAGCCAAAACAUGUGUUGCGGCUGUGACAAGUGGCACCGGUGAGCAUAUGGCUACAACGAUGGCCUCCAAUGUGUGCGCGGAGCGGAUAUAUUCAAGUACUCGAAAGGUGGCAGGACAGCCGGGCGUUUUCGAGACCGUGAAUGAAGACGAAGCACUAGAGGCUAUGAUCGAUGUAGACUUUAUGGGCCAUCCUGGUGUUAGGAGUAGCCACUGCCAUGCUGCUAUUGGGGUGAUGACCGUUAAAGUUACCAAGGAGGGAAUUGCCUUUUACUUUGGACACAAUACGGAUUCAUUCGCUCUUGCUUCUAUGAACUCCGCCGAUACGGAACCGAAAUGUCUUAUGUCUCGCAACAGAGGUCACGACAAAGUUGCCCAAGGAGGACGAUUUAUUAGGCUUAAUAGGUAUUCGGCCUCCUAGCACCGAGUAAGGGGCAUUUUGGAGAUAUCUACUCACCUACGCUCCUACCGAGUGUUUUCUAUCAAUACGUGACUCUAGCAUUUAGACGAAUCGAAGAAAGAUACAUCCUACUCCGUAUCGCGUCCGGAGAGGGAAGUGUCCUUGCUGCCUAAGUCACGAUCGAUAUCCCAUUGUCAGGGCCUUUUUUGACUAGUUCUGUGUCGGAUGGAUUCAGGCGCAGAUAGGAAAGCGAACAUAUACAGGGACAGCAACACAUAUUACGUUCUUUGCCCAUACAGCGAAUUUGGAUCCUCAGGGAAGGCAGAUAACACGACGAGACCAUUUCAUUGGAUGGGAUGCUGACGGUUCUAGAUUGAUGCGUUUUGAUAAUCCUGGGAUGUCUUUUGAGGAUGGCACAAUGGCAGACAAGGGGAGACCUAUCAACUUCCGGAGCUAGAUGAGUCUGAUGCUCCUCUAUAGCCUUGGCUGUGUGUUCUGUCGGGAAGAACUGAUUGGUUGGCAUAUCCUUUUUAGUAAUUUCGUUACCGUUUUUUCUCUGUGCCACACCUUUACUCAUCCUCCCUCCUCGCUUCUCACUCCUCCCUCUCACACCACUCCAUGCUACUGGCGUUCCCUAAUCUGCACUGCCAAUCUUGUUUAAUGUUUGCCUAGUCUCUGGUAGCGGAGGUGUGACGCUGUCAGACCAUAUAAAGAACCAAAAGGAAACCCUACUCGGUAUAUCUUACGCUUUUGAUUCCUUGGGGUGAAACUUGCAACGUGUAUUUGACUCGGCAGGGUUUGGAUUUCGCAGGCCUCAGGGCUGGGCGUGAUAAGCAUCAUCCAUUUACUAGUUAUAGUUAAAAAAUAGAGCAUCUGCGCAAGGUAGGUUGGUGGUAUUUGGUGGGUUAGGUAGGGAAGGGAGGUACCACAGUCCUUGGCCGGGUUUUGUUACAUACGGAGAGCCAAGGGGUUGUUGUGGGAGGGUAAGAUUUGCUUUAUGAUGGUUGGGGGGAAUUGUGCGGGUAGAAUGAGGGUGGGACAAGUGCUGUGUAUCUGAUAUACGAGAAGUAGAUAUAGGGCUACGAUGCUGGGUGUAAGUUGGAUGGAUAACUAGGGUACCCGGUAGUAGGACGUGGGAUAAAUUUGGAAGGUAAAUUGCGUCCCUUUUUGUUUUGUUCUCAUCCGGAUUCGAAUUCACCACUGGGAUGGAUGGAGAUAUGAUUUUAGAACACUUCCGAAUUUGAGAAGGUAGAUACGCCCCACUCUACAUAAGUCGCUAGCUAGACAAGAAGAAUGGAGAAAGAUAUCCUGUAGAAAAUCUAAGAUGGCUAAUUAUAUUACAACCAUGAAAUGAGAAUAUGCCCUAAAAUAUAUAUAUAUAUAUAUAUAUAUAUUGCUACCUACAGAGCUCCCGGCGUAGGAGUCGGCGUCGCUGACCCAGGCGAUACACCCCCCUUCCCACCAACCCCUUUCUCCUUCUUCCUCUUCCUCUUCCUCCCCGCAACCACAACAGGCUUAACGGCAUAUUCCCCAACCCCCAACUGUGACCCGCACGUCAAACACUCCGCAACCCCAUCAACCCCACCAAGCGGCUCGCAAAAGAUACUCAGACAAAUACUACACACAAACCCGACGUCGACAACGCGGCGGUGACAGAAGCACGCCGCGCGGAAAUCGACGUCGACGCGGCUGGGCAGGACCAGGUGCGCGCGCGCGCGCUGGUCCGGGAGGAAGCCUAGCAUCAGAUACUGCAGGAAGCCGGCGGGGUGGGAGGUGACGGGGAUGUAGAUGCCGCGGGUGGCGUCGGAGGCUUGCUGGAGGAAUGCGGCGUCGCCGGCUAGCUUGAGGAUGUCGAUGGGGAUGUGCAGGCGCUGGCAGGCGAAGAUGCUGUUCAUGAUGGGGAUGUAGUGUUGGGCGGCGUGGGUGGUGCUGCUUAGGGAGAUUAUGAGGAUGCGGGAUUGGAGGGCUGUGGGGUUGGAAAGGUGAGGAGGGGUUGGGGAGGAGGUGGCGGGGGUGGUGCCUGGCGGGGGUGGGAGGCCGGAUGCUGUGGUGCCUGUGGAGGUGGAGGUGGAGGCGGAGGUGCCGUCUGGUUUUGCGGUGCCGUGGGUUUCGGCGUGGGCGAUUGUUUCGCGGUUUAUGUGGCUGAGGGCGAGAGUGAGGGCGCCAGCGAUCAUGGUGGAGGUUGUGGAGGAGAUGUCGGCAGAGGUGGUGGUGGAGAGGAGGGCGUGGAGGUUGCGGGUUAGUUGUUCUUCGACGAGGCGGAAGGGGCGGUAUUUGUUUAUAGGUUCAUCAUCAUCAUCAUCAUCUCUUUCUUCUUCUUUUCCUUUUCCUUGCUGAUGAUAUUCUUCGGGGGAGGGUUGGCCGUUCAUGAUGACGUCCCGAUCUGGCGGUGUGGUCUGCUGGUCUAACGACGAGGACGGGGGGGUGGAAGGGGUAGGGUAGAGCCAGGUAGCAUGAUGGCAGUGGGAGGCGACGACGGCAACCUUGUUUGCGUAGUUACAGGCCAGAUGGGCGUUGAUGAAGACGAGAAGGUUUGCGAUGGCGGCGGAGAACGGGAGGGAGGGUUCAAGGCGGGCCCAGGCGUGGGGAUUUGUAUCGAG